AUGUCAGGUGUAGGAGAUGGAGAAAUAUAUGGUCUCGUUAUCUGCAAUGAAUGGCCUCCAGAGUCUGUUGCACUAGAUAAAUAUGAUGUCAGUGCAUUAAUUAUCAAUAAUAAUGCUGAUGUAACCUGCAAUUUUCUCUACGAAAACACAAGCUCAGAAUUAAUCGAAGCCGAAUUUAUCUUCCCUCUUGAGUCAACUGCUGCUGUUUAUCAUCUUGAAGCUGUUAUUGGGAAAAAACGUUUAGUGGCAAAGUGCAGAGAGCGCGUUGAAGCGGAAGCAACAUACAACGAAGCUGUGGAAAAAGGUCAUACGGCAUUUAUGAUGCAGGAGGAUUUUCACAUGGGUGACACCUUCAAAAUGAAAUUGGGAAACAUACCAGCAGGAGAUAAAAUCGAAAUUACGUUCAAGUACGUCGUGCCAUUGUAUCUUCGUGAGGUGGACACGUCGUUAGAACGCUUCAAAUCUCUAAAGGAACCAGUGGUUUGUGUGUUCUCGAUGCCGGGAAAGAUUGGUGCAAGAUAUGGAGCAAAUGUGCCAGCCUCGAAGUUAGCCGCAAAAAUGAAUUUCGUGGCUGAGAUAUAUGGUGCUGGCGGAAUACUUUCAGUAACUUCUCCUCAUCACACACUUCAGGUGAACUACCUGAACGAAGAGAAGAGUCGUGCUAAAGUGUCCCUGUCAGAUGGUGUGGUUGUUGAGAAUGAUUUUGAGAUGGAAAUCGCAAUGGACAAGCCUCACAUUCUUGCAUCACCAUGUGAAAUAGGAAGUGUCGAGAAAGGUGGUUUCUUAGGAAUGCACUGCAUUGCUGCCUCCUUUUUGCCUAACAUUGCACAAUCUCGAGCAAGUGACGGAGACAAGUGUGAAAUAAUUUUUGUACUUGAUCGAUCUGGCAGCAUGCGUGGAUCAAGGAUUCAGAAGAGCAAAGAAGCUCUACUGCUAUUCUUAAAAUCAUUGCCGAAGAAAUGUCGCUUCCAAAUAGUGAGCUUUGGGUCACGUUUCAGUUCUCUCUUUCCACAACCUGUUGAUUAUACGGAAGAAAAUGUGAAACAAGCCCUAGAUCAUCAGUCGCAAUUGGAGGCUAACAUGGGUGGAACAGAGCUCUAUCCAGCCCUAAAAAGUAUCUAUGAUACUCCAAUCACCGGGGUGGGGUGGUAUCGACAAAUUAUUGUUCUCACUGAUGGUGAAAUAUUCAACCAAGACGAUGUGAUCGGUUUGGUGAGGAAGAACCAAGUGAACGCUCGUGUCUUUGCAAUUGGUCUGGGAAACGAAGUGAGUACCUCUCUGAUUUGGGGCAUUGCUAGAGCCGGAAGAGGAACUGCAAGCUUCAUUAGAGAUAGUGACAACCUACGAACUGGAGCUUUGUCAGUGCUGAAAGCCACUCUUCAACCAAUGCUCAAGGAUGUUUCGCUGAAGUGGGAUGUGAAGGUUGAUGGAAAGGCGGUGGAAAUUCUCACUGUCCCUUCACAGUUGCCUCCACUUUUCUCCGGUCACUUCUUGACUGCAUUUGGUUUGACUGCUGCAAGUGUAAAAAGCAAUUCUGGUAGUCCCGAGGUGGAGGGCACUCUCACUCUGAGUUACAAAUUGAAUGAGGAAGUUCAUACGCAAACCUCGAAGGUGGAGAGUUUGGGAGUGGAGUAUGAAAACUUGGGUCUGCAUCGACUUGCAGCAAAGGCGCAACUGCUGGAACUGGUGGACAUGUACUCGAGUCUUGAGGGGAGGGGUGAGGAAGGUAAGAAGGAGGCUGAAGAAGUUCGUCAGCAAAUUGUGGAUAUCUCAGUCAACGCAAAUGUGAUUGCACGUUUCACCACAUUUGUUGGUGUGGAUCCCGAUAAAAUUGAUUCUGCACCGGGUAAGUAA